UUCUUGCUGUUUUUUAAUGUUCCAGAAUUUUUUAUUUUGUUAUGCAAAUACAAGUGCAUAGUACAUUGUCUGGGCCGCUAUCCGGCUGGACUUGCAUGAAUGUUGACCCCGGAGACAAAGUAGAGGCUGUGACAGAUGAAUUUUUGCGUCUCAAGAAUGUUGGAAAGCCGGGCAAUCUAGUUUUGUAUGGGAAUAAUGGUUUAGCUUUGGAUCCGGAUGACACAGUUGCCGAGAGCGGUUUGACUGACGGCGAAGACGUCUUCCUUGGAACUGCAGAUAAUUAUCGGUCCUUGUUCACAUUUGAAAAACGUUGGUGGCUAUUUCUUUCCGUCUCGGCCAUCCUUGUUGGCAUCGGUGGGCUUGUCUGGGCCCCGUUUACGUUCUUCCAGAGAGUCCCGAUUCCAUUUGAUGACGUGGAUAUCCCCGGAAAGUUCCCACCGAAGCGGAAAACAUACGGUGCUAUGGAUAUGGGUGGUGCCUCUACGCAAAUCACGUUUGAAGUGACGGAGGGAACACCGAUUGCAGAUCCGAAAGACGAAGCAAAUUUGCGGCUUUUCGGACACUCUUAUCGCAUAUUUUCUCGAAGUUUCACUUGUUUCGGAAUAAAUGAAUCGCAUCGGCGAUACUUGGCCUUACUUUAUGCCAAAUCGACGCCGGGAGUUGCUAUUUCCGAUCCUUGCGGGAAUGCUGGAAGGGUUAGCAAUGUCUCCGUGUCUUGGCUGUUUGACUCGCCGUGUACGCAAGGACUUCAGUCGACCACUUUGGCAGAGACUUCUGAAACUGUGCCGAUUGUUGGAGCGUGGAACGAAACCGAAUGCAGUGCAACCAUUGACGAACUUCUGAGUGCGGAAGAAUGCAACAAAUACUCAAAUUUUUGCUUCAACUCUUCGACUGUACCGCCUCGUAUUGAAGGAACCUCGUUCAUUGCCUUUUCAAUCUUCUACUAUGCCGCUUCCGAGUUGGGGCUCCCAUCAUCCGUGUCUGAAGAGACUUUCUAUGAGGCUGCCCUGGACGAAACUGGGGAGGAAUUUAAGUUGAUCGAAUUCCGACGGAAGCUGCCCACUCCGAAUGGAACUGAUGUUGGCUGGGCCCUUGGCUUCAUGAUCAACGCUACAAACGCAUUACCCGAGGACAAACCAGGCCCACCGAUGUCUUCCACGCUUUUCAGCUUCCUCGUUUUCUUAUUCGUCGGGUUGUCCACGUGUGGCUCCUUCAUGGCAUACCAUUCCUGGAUCCUGUGUCGUCGACGACGAGUUUACGCAGAAUACCAAAGGUUGAAUGAACCCGGCGUGCGGAAUGCCUGA